CUCAUUUUCCAACUUUUUCGCUCACGAUCUCGAAGCUGAGACUACGGAGUUCUGCCGUCUAUUUUCCUCUUUUGCUUAUUAAGGAGGCUGUUCUGUUCUUAGUUUUGUCUCCAUUCUUAAAAACAGAUUCCUUCCUUGCUUAUUAAGGAGGUUGUUCUUUCUUUUCCCUCGGUUAUUCUUAAAGGAUUCCUUCCUUAUUGAGAAGAGUUAGUUUUGUCUCCGUUGUUGUAAAAACGCAGAGCGGAUGAGCCAUUGUCUUCUCAAGAUUCUAGUGAGCUGUAUGCGAAGAAGGACAUAGACGAGGAAUUGGAGAGAUGGAUUCAGUAUCUUUUCUCAAGUUGGCUGCUAAGAUCUUAUUUGCUGGGCCUGUAUUUACUCUGAUCUAUCCCCUAUAUGCUUCAAUCCAAGCCAUGGAGAGUGGCUUGAAGUCAAACAAUCGACAAUGUCUCACAUAUUGGAUUCUGUUUUCUCUUAUUACACUCUUGGAGAUUACGCUUGCAGGGACUCUCAAGAGCUUCGAAUUCUGGCCUUAUGCAAGGGGAAUAGCUGCCAGCUUGUUGGUGGUACCGUGCUUCGACGGUGCUUCUUAUCUUUAUCAACACUCUGUUAGAAUCGUUUUUUAUGUAAAGAUGCAAAUGCUUUACGUAUGGUUCAAAUUGUGGAAGGGCUUUGCCCCUAAGAAACAGGAUGACUUCCUUGUUGCUGCGAAGAGAUACAUCAAAGAGAGUGGAUCAAGAGCAGUGGAAAAGCACAUCAUCCACGAGGGUUACUCCAAAGAGCCAGUCGUUGAACUCUUGGAUGGGGAACUUGUUUGGCCGAGCAGUUCAAGGAAGGCUCAAAAGGAAUGGUGCUGUGCACUAUGUCUAGUGAGCACUAACAGCAACCGAUGUUUGGAGGAGCAUCUUCGAGGGAAAAAGCACAAGAUGAAUGCAGAACUGAACUAUCUCAUGGGCAAUGAAUACAAGGACGAGUUUGCUCCAAUGUUUAGGAGAUUCAAUGGGUUCGGUCCAGUUGAGGACUGGAAUCAGUUCAUAAUCCUGAAAGUGGAAUGGCUAGCUAAGAGCCCAGUUGCUAGACCAAUUAGGUGGUGUAGAUGGGAGAAACCCAUGAUGGGAUGGACAAAAUUGAAUACAGACGGAUCCAUUGAUAGAUAUAAUUCUGGACUGGGUGGUCUGCUCCGUGAUCACAAGGGUAACCCCAUAUGUGCCUAUGUCACCAAGGCCCCUAGAGAUGGGAUUUUCUCACUGGAACUGUUGGCCAUUUGGAGGGGUCUUGUUCUUGCUGUGGGUCAGGGAAUAAAAGCUAUCUGGGUUGAGUCUGAUUCAUUGAGUGCUGUGAGAGUCAUCAAUAAACAGUGGUCUUGUCCUCACAAAGCCACUAGGUGCUUGUACCACAUCUGGGAGCUGCUGACAACGUUUGAGAAGUAUCGAGUGUCCCAUUCAUGGCGUGAAGCCAACCGAGCAGCUGACCAUCUUGCGAAGAUGGAUCUUCCCUUCACCGAUGUAGUAUUAUGGCCUGUGGAUUUCCCUGAUCCCCUUGUUGAUAUUAUCAGGGAGGAUGCUGAAGGGAUGGAAUACUAUAGGCUCUAAGCUUUCAGUUCGGAUUUUCUCAUCACAGAAUGCGCCUCACGCCAACCUCAGCACAUCGUAGCCAUGCAUUAGGAACAUCUUCCCAUAGAUGAUAGCAUCAAAUACAGAAGAUGUUCUCAAUGCAUGACUGCAAUGUACUGUGAGGUUGGUGUGAAUCGCACUCUGUGAGGAACAAAUCCAAUCUCUUAAGCUUUUAUCUUCUUAAUUUGGUUCCAGGCCUCAUCUUCAACUAGGCUAACCUGAUAACAUCGCAGAUGUUCUAAGCCUGGACCAACCAAAACACACCUACUGGUUCUUAAGCAACGUUGAUGGCCGCCCACCGGAGGAGUUGUUUCCAGCCGGGGUGUAGUGUUUGUCCCGCUGAUCCUUCUCUUCAACGAUCAGGAUCAACUUUGUAUAGUGUACAUGGCAGCUGGUAUGUGGAUAAUAGACCAAAAAUCAACCAAAGAGAGGAGUCUUAUCUCUCUUGGUUUUGGUUCUAUAGUGCUUACUCUAAAGGGUCUAGCUGAGCUUGAAAUAUGCAAUCAACAUAUGUAUAAUACCAAGUAAUGCCUGUUUUAUUUCUGACUACCUUAUUUAGCAAAGUUGAUUGAUGUAUCAGAUAACUAGUUUAUCAUAGUAAAAUGUACCAUAUUACAUUGAU